GGCAAGGUUCCUUUGCAUGCAGAGAGAUGACCUCGUUUGGCAAAAGCUCGACGAAGACACUGAUCAAUGGGAUAAGUCAAUUCGCACAAAGGAAGUAUAUCGCUCUGUGGGAAAUUUUAUCCUGAAAUAUAAGGACGGUCCACCGGAGCAGAUGCAUCUCCCGGUUAGGGGGGCGUACAAUACCAUCUACCGCCUUGAGUACAAAGACGGUUCAUCGGUGAUAAUGAGGAUUCCAAUCAAGGGCGUGGUUCAAUUCCCCGAUGAAAAGGUUCUAUAUGAGGUGGCUACAAUGCGAUAUGUCGCUGCUCAUACCACUAUCCCGGUCCCGUACAUCUACCAUUACGGAACCGCCGCCGAAAAUCCCACGGGCCUGGGCUCUUUUAUCAUUAUGGACUACAUUGACCAUCAUCAAAAUAUGUCUCGGGCACUGCUUGAUCCGGAACGCGGAAUUGAUGAGCGACCUGUCCUGAACCCAAAUAUCACGAACGAGAAACUAGAGGUCCUCUAUGGCCAGAUGGCCAACAUCCUAUUGCAGCUGUCUACCCUGAAGUUCCCUCGAAUUGGCUCACUUAUCGAGAAAAAGGCCGAGGGUUCUAUUUCUGCCAAUGGACGUCCCUUGAUCGCGAACAUGAACGACAUCGUAGUACACACCAACACACCAGCAAACAUCUUACCAUCCCAGACCUACGCAUCUGCCGGCGAGUGGUACAGUGCUCUCGGCGAUAUGCACCUGGCCCAGCUGGUGUUCCAGCAUAACGACGUUGUGGAAGACAAGGAAGACGCCUGCGAUAAAUAUGUCGCUCGCCAACUAUUCCGGAACCUCGCUGCCAAAGGGCGCCUUGUACCAGAGCCGUCAAAAUCAGACGGGGAGUUCAGGUUAUUCUCUGAGGACUUCAGGCCGGCCAAUGUUCUCCUCGAUAAGGAUCUGCAGGUCGUCGGCGUCAUUGACUGGGAGUUCGCGUACGCCGCCCCCUCACAAUGCAGUUUUGACCCACCCUGGUGGCUGCUACUUCAAGAACCGGAAUAUUGGACUGGCGGAUACCGCGAAUGGAUGAAAGUCUAUGAGCCUCGGCUACAGACUUUUCUACGAAUGCUGGAACUCGAAGAGAACAAAAUGACAGCAUUUAACCUAGCCGAAAAGGUCAAUGCUAUUUCACUGACUGACAAUCGGGAGACGGAACCGCCGCUCUCUCAACGUAUGCAGGAGAGCUGGGAUAAGCGGACGUGGAUGCUUAACUACGCAGCGAGGAAGAGCUGGGCCUUUGAUUUUAUCUGGUGGAAGUUCCUGGACGAGAGCUACUUUGGGCCAAAUGAGAACCAGGACUGUCGAGCCAGGCUUGGGCUUCUUUCAGAGCCACAGACGAAGGUGAUGGAAUUCUUUGUGGCACGCAAGAUGGAAGAGAGCGGGAAUCGCAAGGUUAUCGAGUGGAGUGAUGAAAAUGCGGCAGAUCGUCUGGCUGAGGUGCUUAUCUGAUUUCCCGAUGAAUUCCUUAUAUAGUAGAACUCUUAAACUAAAUAGUA